CCGGCUUGGCCUGGGUGAGAUCAUGGAGGAGGCUCAGCGGGAGCUCCUCCAGCGGAACCGCCUGCCCCUGGUGAAGGAGCUGCAGGUGGAGCCGCUCUGGGAUCUGAUGCUGGCCCGGGAGCUGUUCACUCGGGACAUGAUCGAGGACAUCCAGAGGGCUGGUACUCGGAGAGACCAGGCUAGGCAGUUGAUCACGGAUCUUCAGACACGAGGGAGGCGUGCCCUUCCUACAUUCAUCUCUUGCCUAGAAGACACCGGCCAAUGGGCUCUAGCAACUCUGCUCCGUGAAAGCAACACGACCCAGCGACUGGACCCCAUUGACAUCAAACCAAUUGAAAUAGUCAGAUCUGGGGAACUAAGCAAUAACUGUAUGGCUCUUCCCAUGAGACCACUGACCCCAGGCUCACAAACCAGCAGGAAAGAAGACCCAGGGGCAUCAUACUUGGAUCUAGCACGGGGUGCUGUGGGGCCUACACAAACCAGAUGUGGGAGAAACACUGGUGUGGUUGGACAGGUAUAUACUCUGAACUCAGACCCAUGUGGCUACUGCCUCAUUAUCAACAACGUGGACUUCCAUUCUUCCUCUGGCCUUUCUGUCCGAACAGGCUCCAACAUUGACUGUGAAAAGAUGCAGAAACGCUUCCAAGCGCUGCAUUUUGCUGUGGAGGUUGAGUGGAAUCUGAGCGCGAAGGCAAUGGGAGCAGCCUUGCAGCAGCUGGCUGAGAGGGACCACAGCACCCUGGACUGCUGCGUGGUGGUCAUUCUGUCUCAUGGCUGUCAGUCCAGUCACAUCCAGUUUCCUGGAGCCAUCUAUGGCACAGACGGUGCCUCCAUUUCAGUCGAGAGAAUUGUGAACAUCUUCAGUGGGUCCCGAUGCCCCAGCUUGGGAGGGAAACCCAAGCUUUUCUUCAUCCAGGCCUGUGGUGGGGAUCAGAAAGACCAUGGAUUUCAGGUGUCUUCUGAUACUCCUGAGGACAAGUCCCCCAGCAGUGACCCUGAGACAGAUGCCACCCCUUUUCAAAAUAACUUUGAUCAGCCCGAUGCUGUGGCCAGCUUACCCACACCUAGUGACAUCUUGGUGUCCUAUUCUACAUUUCCUGGUUUUGUCUCCUGGAGGGAUACGAAGAGUGGUUCAUGGUACAUAGAGACCUUGGAUAGAGUCUUGGAGGAGUGGGCAGAUCAUGAAGACUUACUGAGUAUUCUUCUCAUGGUGUCUAAUGCAGUGUCUGCUAAAGGGGUAUACAAACAGAUUCCUGGUUGUUUUAAUUUCCUCCGGAAAAGAUUUUUCUUUAAAACCAAGUGAGCAUGGGUACUGCUCUUCUUUCCUCCUACCUGAAACUCUCCUUUCUCUGUGCCUGGGAGCAGCCGCAGGCAAGGGCUCUGGGCUUUCCUGCCUAGGAAUGGGGAGGAGGUAGCCUCCCCUACCGUGCUCUGAACAGCCCCCUCUGGUCUGCUACAUAUGUUGCUGAUCCUGGAGCUAUAGGAGAUGGCACCUUCCUGGCUUUUGCGCCCCCACCAGCAGCAGGUCCAGUGAUGAGCAGAGCUAGAGACUAAAAGGAGUGGAGUAAGAGAAGGCCUAUGGACAUUCAUACCCACUCUAGUGACUUGGUUUCUUUGGAAUUGUGGGCUGCAGGCACCCAAGGAAAUCUCAACUCUUCAAUAAGUAAGAUGGGUGCCACCAGAUCCUAGAAAAUGGAAACCUCUGAGCUUGAAAAAGGCUUUAGAAAUUGUUUAUUUUUUCCUACAGUUUGUGGUUUUCAUAAAAAAAA